UAUCAAAAUAGGUAAUUAAUUCUAUUAAUGUAAUUAUAUCACAAUAUCCUAAAGUGGCGUUUAUUGUAAUUAAAUAAAUCAGAGUAUUUGAUUAAAAAGCGUAAUAAAUAGGACUAUGUGGCCUAUAUCUAGGAACAGUUUACAUUAGAAAUAAAGAAGAAAUAAAUUAAUACACAUUAGACCAGUAUACAAAUAAAAAAAAACACAUCCUAUUUUCAGUCCACGUAUCAGCGGGGAUGGAUCCGUAUUAAUGAGACUUUUAUUAUUUGUAAUAUUUAGUAACUCGUAUCAAAGUAUAAGAAGAUAAGAACAGAUAACUAGUUAGAUAAAAGAGACCGGUCGCGUCGAGGUGUUUGCAGUUUUUUGUCCAGGUUAGGAAUUAUAGGUAGCUGUGUAAGUACGCACACACGCCCGGCCGCCGCCGGCCACAAAUCUUCCGUUUCACUCGAGCCCAGCCUCCGAGCGGUGCGAAGAGGAAACAGCACGCUCCAAAGCACGGCGGCUGCGUGAUGCCGGCUACUCCCGAAAUAGGCUGCCCCCCGCGCGGGGUGCCGGCCCAUCGACGUGCUUUUAGUAUGCUGCGCGCAUGCGAACCGCCCGCACCCUUCUGCGCUCCUAGUCCUUACGGGCGUAAACACGCGAAUUAUAAAACCAUUAAAAUUAUCGGAAAGCGUGCUAAGUAGCAUGCUGUGAACGAUGGUAGCGAUAUUAGCCAACCCUAAAUGGAGCGAGGACCUCACCAUACAAAUGAUAAUCGAGUACGAGAAACGCGAGUACCUAUGGAACCCCGUGUCUGAACAUUACAAGAAUAAAAAAAUAAGGGAACAGGGGUACGUUGAGAUAAUAAAUGCAUUGAAUUUGAUUGAUGUAACUGUUAAAGAAUUAAAAAACAAGAUAAAGAACAUACGGUCGUCGUAUAGCGUUGAGCUGAAGAAGAUUCGCGCGGCGAGGAAGGCUGGCGCGCAUGCGUACAGGCCCAGCGUCACGUGGUUCGAGCACGCAGACAGGUUUCUCCGAGCGAUAGUCACACCGAGCUCCGUCGAUAACAGCCUGUUAGAGAUACCGGUGAGCGACGACAGCGAUGCAGUACAAGAUUUGAGCGAACGUAAGUCACCGGAAAAGAAAAGCCCGCGAAAACGUCGAAGUUCAACUCGUUCGUCCACUCCGUACGUAUUAAACACUCCAUCCCCUCGACCAAGUACACCGUUUGGGUUGAACACGACACCGGCGACCCCAUUCGGUAUUCUCCCUACAUCGACGUCGGCGCCGUUCCUUAAUCCUCCCGUCGGCAUAGCUACCCCUUUAACUACCUCACUUGCCACUAUCUACCCGGUUCCUACAAAACAAAAGAAAAGCGAAGAUCGCAACGGAGAUCAUAGCGAUGUGCCGCAGGAUUUGAGUCAGCAUUCCGAGAAUGGAAAUGAGAAUGAAUUUGAAAUGUUCGGCAAAUUAAUUGCAAGCCAGUUGAGGAAAUUGCCGCUAAGUCUCGCUUUGGAUACUCAAUUGAAGAUACAAACUUUAGUUAAUGCCGCCAGGAUACAAGCUGUGUACCAGCAGUACAGUUAUGCGGGACCAUCGCAAGAGGCGUUAUCAGUGCAGGCACUGUCAAAUGGUAUAUUAGCAAGCAUGGCUACACAGAGUAACUAUGCCUCUCGAGCGUUGGGUAUGCGAAAUGAUUCCCCUGAAGAUAUGAAUAGAGAUAUGAAAACAGAGUAUUCCUUGGGAUCUGAGGUAGAGGAUAAUUGUUAGGGUUUGCCAACUUCUUGUUGACCAGAUAAUUAAAAUAGCUCUGGUUGUCUUAUAAAAAAACGGAAUACCUCAAAUUUCGGAUUUUAAGAAUUUAUGUAUGCUCAUAAUUGUAUACCAGUUUAGAUAAAAGUUGACUAUGUGUCGAUAUAUACAUGUUUUAGAUGAGUAUAUAAAUGUGAUAGAUGUUUAGAUAAAUAUGGAAAUAUUACAGAGAAAUAACUGAUACAAGUACAAAAUAUAUAUACCUAACGCAAAUUUAUGCAACAUGUUAAAGAAUUUUGCUCAUAACUUAUUAGAAAUAGUAACAAUGUUUUCGAUUAAGUUCAAUGACUAGUCAUUACAUGUCUCAAUGUGUAAUUUAGAUCUCGAUGUUUUGGCUGUGUUUAGAUUUAUUUUAUGAAUGUACGUGUAACAUAUCUUUCUGUCCGUGACCUUCACUUGGGCAUUAGAAUUUAAUUUAAAGAUAGAAGUUAUCGAUUUCGAAUUUAAUGUUUUAGUUUAAACUUACUGUCUAUUGACAUAUAAAUCCUUGUAAUGUUUGUACCUAUAAUAUAAAAAGGUUAAUUAAAAUUGCAUCAUUCCAUGAUAAUGAAAUAUUUUUUUAUAUGUUUGACAAUUUACGGAAUAUUAGUAGAUGGGAUAAGUUAUAGUUUGGGUCUAAGUACAAAAUAUUUUACAAGACAAAAUUUUGUUGAUAUUUUUAUAAUACAUACAGUUUAUUUUAUAAUAAUAAUAAUAGUGUCUGGUAUAUUUGUGUAUCAAAUAUAUGAAUACUUGCUAAGUGAAAUAAAUUACCUCAAUAUACAGGCAAAAAGAAUAUUACUUGUAAGUAUGGGAUGUGACAUUCUGUAAAAAAAUCUAUUAAUAAAAUUGAUCGUUAUUUAGAAUAGCAGAAUAUCAAUAAAAAAACAUUAUUUUUCUUAGAAUAAUCGGUGUUUUUGUUUGUCAACCCACUAGGUAGGGUCUGUAAGAAAAUCGAUGAAUUAAAUAUAUUUUUAUGGAAUAAUAAUCGAUUAGUUCCAUAGUUUAUUAGAUUUUCACAUCCCUAUUUGUACAAUAAAUGAUAAUAAUGAUAUUAGCUGUUUUCAAGGAGCCAUUGGUAAAUUGGGCACCUAUUUGAGCAUCCUUUUCUCCCACGGGUGUUACGGGAUAUAUCUAUUAUAACAUAUAUAUAAAUAUAUUUUAACUUGUUUGAUGUGCCACAUAUAGAUUGUAUACAUAAAUAUUGUGAUUUAUUGAGAAAUAAAUAUUUUAUAAA